GCAUGAAGUUAGAUGCGAUCUGCCAAGCCGAUCCCAAAGACGAAGAAAAAGAACCUGGCAACGCGACGCUUAGCAUCCUGGGAGUGGCGGUUGAUUCAAUAUGGCGGCAGCUUCAACGGGAAACCACUCAGGGUUUGUUUGGAUUAACGACACGUCAGAUGAAGAUCAACCUGUGUAUAUUCCAGGUGUGAGCAGAACGGGGAACUUACGGACAGCUUAUAAGUCUGGCUCAUGCAACAGUGAGCGAAAGGUGAAGAUGAGGGCGAAGUAUGGCAGUGAGAUCCAAGCUGAGGCUCCUCUUAGAUGUGGUAGAAAGAAACUAUCCCAACCUCUUUCCAUGUCCUCUGUCUCGGGGUCCUCCAUUGAUAGUGGGCAGCAUCUGUCCCUCCCUGCAGCAACAAUCCCACCCCCCAGCCCAGCUACACAGCAUUGUCUUCUGAAAGACCCAAAGGCACUUUCUGUGGUGACCCAAGCUAAGAGCAGGGCAUCUCUGAAGGACCUCUGUCCUGAGGAUAAACGGCGCAUUGCCAGCCUUAUCCAGGAACUGGCCAGAGUGAGUGAGGAGAAGGAGGAGUCAGUACAGAGGCUGAGGAAUGAACAGGAGACCUUUGAGCGCAAGAUUCUACAGCUUGAGCAGCAGAACCAGCUCAUUGUAUUGGAAAGAGAGGGUCUACAGCAGCAGUACCGGGAGUGCCAGGAGCUGCUGGGGCUCUACCAACAGUACCUCUCCCAGCAGCAGGAGAAACUCAACCAGUCCAUCGCCCAGCUCAGUCACGCCCACAAAAAGGCCCCCAGCAGUGAGGGAGGCUCCACCAAGCCUAGCAAGGAAGAGAAGGCCACAGCUUGGGAUGGCUCCUACUUGGGUCUGCCCACUGCUGGAGGAAGCAGGCCAAAUGGAGGUGAAAGGGAGAAAAGGGAUGGAAGUGGUGGCAUGGGAAGAGUCCUGCCUCUUAGUCCCGCCUCCCCCUCAGCCUCUCCCUACUCCGCCUUCAGUGACCGAUCCCAUGGACCAGUCAGACAUUGUGUCUGCCAAGGAAGAGGGGUCCAUAGCGAGCCUCGCCCAUCGUCCAGCCCCAGCAGAAGGGACCACCUGGUCAGUGGAGGGUUUCCCCACAGAAACAAAGAAGAUCCUCAACUCCGCAACACCAGCCCGCGGUGCCACAAUGGGCCUGGUGAACCACCCGAAGAUAGCAGAGGUGUAACUGGACCGCAGGUGUUGCUGCCCGAAGGGGACCCAGCAGGUGAGGGAGUAGGAGCACAGGGGGCCCUCACAGCACCACUCUUGGGCCGGGAGGACUGGGAGGAGAGGAGGCACCGGCUGCUCUUGCAGAAAAUGCAGCUGGAGGUGGAGAGGGAGCGGCUUCAGGCGCGGCUGGCUCAGCAGGAAACGAGGCUGAUCCGACAAAACCAGGAGCUCCGACACACGCGCCUUGACUACAACAGAUUCCAGCAAGCCACCGCUGCCGAACUUGGCCAUUCCCUAACCAGAAACGGGGCUGAUCCUUUACCAAACAGCCAUGCACCACUCAGCGAGAUGAGAGGGUGUGACGAUGCGUGGGGCUUGGCUGAAACAGCCGAACCAGAAAUACCUCCACAGAAAGACACACUACCAAUGCUCUGUCAUGAGGCCAGGAGGGAUAUGGCCACCUCCCCCUUGGUUUCCCAAAGCGGUCCGGACGCCACACCUGUACCGGUGACACCCACCACUCUAACCAGGACCCCCCAUGCACGGUUGGACUCCUCCUUGAUUGAGUUAUUGCAGGUCUUCAGUCCCAUCUCUGGGCCUGAGCAAAACCGACCAACCUCCCAGCGAGAAUAUCAUGUCCGAUGUCCGCCCCCCUUAAGUACCCCCAAGCCAGCCCGCCAAACUCUGCUCUCGCCCUCUGGCCGCUACUGGGCCCCUGAACAGGAUCUGGAAGAGAGUCAGAUACUGGAAGAUAUCUUCUUCAUUUGCUAAGGCAGGGGUGAUAAAAGAAAAUGUAAAAAGAAUGAUUAAUAAUUUACUAAUUGUUCACUGUUGGCACUUAAAUUAAACCUGUGCCUUUUAUUUUUUCUUACAUUUUAUCCUAGAAUUUCCAAAACAAUCAUGAUUUUGUUGAUUUUCUAUUUUA